UAAUGGCGAUGGCGAGUCGUUUGUUUGUGUCUCUGCGGAUGGAAACGUCAGUGUUACUGGAAAAGUACCGAGACACAUGCACAGCAAAGUGAUCGUGUUUCAGUGCACUGACUGUGGAAAGAGACUUAACCAGUUACACAGCCCGAAUAUAAAUCACACUGUUCACAGCGGGGGAACCGCACUUGUGUCCUGUCUGUGGACGAGGCUUCGACAACUUGAAACAAGAAAAGACAUCCUUACCAUGGAGAAACCGUGGAAAUGUGGGGACUGUGAGAAGACAUUCCCAUGCCCGUCCAAGCUGGAAAUUCAUCGACGCACUCACACCGGAGAGAGACCCUUCACCUGCUCUGUGUGUGGGAAAGGAUUCACUCAGUCAUCCAACCUAGAAUUACACCAGCGUGCUCACACAGGGGAGAGGCCCUUCAUCUGCUCCGUGUGUGGGAAAGGCUUCAUUUAUUCAUCCAACCUGUUGACGCACCAACGGGUUCACACCGAGGAGAAGCCCUUCAGCUGUGUCUCCUGCGAGAUGAGCUUCAGGUUCCCAUCCAGCCUGCUGAUCCACCAGCGGAUUCACACUGAGGAGAAGCCGUUCAGCUGCACCGACUGCGGGAAGCAGUUCCGGCACUCUGACAGCCUUGUCGUGCACCAGCGCAUCCACACCGGUGAGAGGCCGUUUACCUGCUCAGAGUGCGGGAAGGGAUUCAUCGAUUCAUGCCACUUGCUUAGGCACCAGCAGGUUCACACCGGGGAGAGGCCGUUCACCUGCUCAGAGUGCGGGAAAGGAUUCACCCAGUCUUCCACCCUGCUGAGGCACCAGCGAAUUCACACUGGGGAGAGGCCGUUCACCUGCACGGAAUGUGGGAAGGGGUUCACCAGCUCGUUCCACUUACUGAGACACCGGCGGGUUCAUACUGGAGAGAGGCCAUUCACCUGCUCCCAGUGUGGGAAGGGCUUCACGACUUCAUCGCACCUACUGAGACACCAGCGGGUUCACACGGGGGAGAGACCUUUCAGCUGUUCCCAGUGUGGGAAGGGAUUCACGACUUCAUCUCACCUAUUGAGACACCGGCAAAUUCACGCCAUCGAAAGGCCGUGCAAAUGCUGGGACUGUGGGAAGGGGUUCAGUUACCCCUCCGAGCUGGAAGCCCACCGCCGCAGUCACACUGGGGAGAGGCCGUUCACCUGCCCUGCCUGCGGGAAGGGCUUCACCCGAUCUUGCAACCUGCUGACCCACCAGCAGGUUCACAGCGGGCGCAGGCCAUUCACCUGCUCCGUGUGCGGGAACGGGUUCAUUCGGAUCUCCCACCUGCUGCAGCACCAGCGCAUCCACACCGGGGAGAGGCCGUACACCUGCUCCGAGUGCGGCAAGGGCUUCACUCAGUCCUCCGACCUGCUGAAACACCAGCGGGUCCAUACCGGGGAGAGGCCGUUCACCUGCUCUGAGUGUGGGGAGCGAUUCACACAGAUCUCCCACCUGCUGAGGCAUCAGCGAGCUCACACGGGUGAGAGGCCUUUCAAAUGCCCCAUUUGCGAGAAGCGAUUCACUCAGGCCUCCAGUCUGCUGAGGCACCAGCGAGCCCACGCUGGGGAGAAGCCCUUCAUCUGCUCGCUGUGUGAAAAGGGAUUCGCCGAGUCGUCGAUGCUACUGAGGCACCAGCGGGUGCACACAGGGAAGUGGUCGUUCACCUGCUCCGUGUGUGGAAGAGUUCACACAUCGCUGCACUGCUCCGACUCCGCAGUUAUCGCCGCCGUUCGUCAGAUUCAGGACUGACCCCAUUCAUCUUGACACUGCAGUGCUGUUGAUGCUGCCACUGCUGACCACAGUGACUGGUCUGGGACACAACAGUAUUUGCAUUUAAUUUACAAGUUUCAGGAUGUCUUCUGUGGGCGUGAGCCUCCACAGUCAGCAAUGUGAUAAUGACCAGUGCUGAUCUGUUUCUCGUGAGGUUUUGUUGAACGCAAAAUAUUGGCCACUGGGGAGAGCUUUCCUGCUCUCCUUCAAAAUCACAGGCAGAUCUUUUACAUGGCUUGAGAGGGCAGGCAUGGAAUCUUGGUGUACCAUCCUCAACAAGCCCUUGUGGGACUCCUGCAAAGGAUCUUGAAUGUUUUUGUAUUGCAUGAGAGUAACUUGAUGAAUAUAACCUUGUAGGUGUAGAUAGACUGGAGCUUCAGUGUACAGACGCUGCUUGUGUGUUUUCUCACUGAAAAACUGAGCCCCAGGUCAAUUUGUUGACUGUUCCUCCUGAAGCACAAGAGACAAUAGGCCUUUCAUCUAUCAUGCAAAAAGAAAAUAGAAUUAAGUUUUAAAGUCUUUUCCCAGCCAAUUCACACAGCAAAACCCCUCCUCCUCAAUCAAUUAACAGCAGCAUCCUGGAACAUGUGGAUCAUUUCUCAUACCUAGGGAGCCGCCUCUCAACGAAAGCAAUGUACAGAUGACGGAAAUUUGUCAUCCAGUCCAAACUGCGACCAUCCAAUUGAGGAAAAGGGCAUUUAAAGACCAGGAUCUCAAAUCUGAGACUAAGGUCAUGGUUUACUGGGCAGCAGUGCUCCUAUGUACUUUGUAACUCGGAAAACCUACAGCAGCCACAUCAAAGCACCAGAGAAACAGGGGGCUUUUGCAUGAGAUCGCCUGUACAUCUUUGACUGUGGGAGGAAACCAGAGCACCCAGAAGGAACCCACGUGGACACGAGGAGAACAUGCAAAUUCCACACAGUUACCAGAGGGUGGAAUCAAACACAGAUUCUUGGCACUAUGAGGCAGCAUUGCUAACCACUGAGCCAACAUGUCACCCUGCUCAUUUAUCUCAAUUAGGUUGUCGUGGAUGGAGUUGGCCAAAACUAACAACCUGAAGAGGUUUCUGAUGAAGGGUCUAGGCCCGAAACGUCAGCCUUUCUGCUCCUAUGAUGCUGCUUGGCCUGCUGUGUUCAUCCAGCUCUGCACCUUGUUGUCUCUUAACCUGAAGAGGUGAUUGGAUUCCGAACAUGGAAGGAGGAAGCAUCACUCACACUGGGGUGGAAGCAUGCACAAUCCCUGUGGGUGGGCAAGACUUCUGCCAAGAAUCUGAACUCAAGGACCACCAGUGUGGUCGCCCUGGAGUGAAACCCUGGAAAUGCAUGGACUGUGGGGCAGGAUUCCGUUACUUGACUGAGCUGGAAACUCACCGACGGAGUCACACCGGGGAGAGACCGUUCACCUGCACUGAGUGCGGGAAGGGGUUCACUCAGUCGUCCAGUCUGUUAAGGCACUGUCUAAUUCACACCGAGGAGAGGCCUUUUAAAUGCCCAGACUGUGGGAAGUGCUUCAAAAGCUCUGGCAGUCUGACAUCUCAUCAGCGUGUUCACACGGACUGGAAACCCUUUAAGUGCGCGGACUGCGGGAAGUCUUUUAAAAGUUCUGGGGAACUGACACGCCACCAGCGGGUUCACACCGAGGACAGACCUUUUAACUGCCAGGAUUGCGGAAAGAGCUACAAAAGCUCUGGAAAUCUCAUGUCCCAUCAACGUGUUCACACUGAAGAGAGGCCUUUCAAAUGUCCAGACUGCAGGAAGUGUUUUAAGAGUUCGAGGGAUCUGAUGUCCCAUCAACGGGUUCACUCCGAAGAGAGACCGUUUAAAUGCCCGGUCUGCGGGAAGGGCUUCAAAAGUUCUGGGGAGCUGAUACUCCACCAGCGUGUUCACACCGAAGAAAGGCCGUUCCGGUGCUCUCACUGUGGCACUGGGUUCAAGUGGUCAUCGGCACUCACUGAGCACCAGCGAAUUCACACCGGGGAGAGGCCCUUCUCCUGCACGGAGUGUGGGAAUACAUUCACUCGCUUAUCCACCCUGCUAAACCACCAGCGAGUUCAUACCGAGAACAGGCCGUUCAAAUGUCUGGUCUGCGGCAAGUCCUUCAAAAGCCCCACGGAAGUGAUGUCCCAUCAACGUAUCCACACAGACGGGAGACUGUUUGGGUGCUCCAUCUGUGGGACUGAAUUCAGGCAACCGUCUCAACUCACCAAGCACCAGCAUACUCAUUCCGCGGACAAGCUAUUCUGACUUUGGGAAGGAACUCACUCAGUGACCUGCCCUAGAGACACACCAGUGAGUUCACGUUAGGGAGAGAACUUCUGCAACCCCAAAGUAGGGGAGUGCGAUACAAAUCUGUGAUUUAUGAUUUCUGUUUGAUGUGUUCGCACUGGGGAGAGACCAUUCAGGUGCUCUCUCCGCAGGGCUGGGCUCAGCCAAUCAUCUACCCUCACUAUAAAUAUCAGUGAGUUCACACGAUGGGGAGGCUGUUCACUUGCUCUGAGUGUGGGAAGAUUCGCUCAGACACUGAACGGAAACCCUUUAAGUGCACAGAUUGCAGGAAGUCUUUUGUAAGUUCCUGGGAACUGAUACACCACCUUGUGAGAGACCAGCGAGUUCAUUAGCAACUGCAGAAGUUGGAUUUGCUGUUAAUCACAUGCUGGACACACCCAUGUUUCAUUGGGUCUUUUGAUUGAUGUUAGUAAAUUCCAGAACAGUUUAAUGUGUGAACAUUCAGAAUAAAAAUCAUGUGAAUUAGCUUUGCAUUAAA